AUGUCGGCAUCAGACUCGGAAAUCUCUAUCAAGGUCAGCUAUCGGGGUAAAACCCACGAGCUGUCUGUCGCACCCGAUGCAUCGCUGUCGGCACUCCAAGAUCUUCUCGAAGAACGCACUGGUGUGCCAGGCGCACAUCAGAAACUCCUAUUCCGAGGGAAGAAGUUGCAGCGUAACGACGCCGAUGACACUACAUUGUCCUCUGCUGGAAUCAGACCUAAUAUCACCAUAACUCUCCUCGGUCCGACGCCCGGCGAGCUGAGCGCCCUCGAAGCAACCGAAACCGCGCACCAGAAACGCGAGCGUAUCCUUGCCGAACGUGCCAAGAAACCUCAAACGAAAGUCCGGAAUACGGGCUCUGCAAAGGCAGACGACAUACGCUAUGUCUUUCACUCGAUCGCUCCCUUGCCUCACCUCCCUCACCCGGACACCGCCCGAGAUCAGCUCACACGACUGGCGAACGAUCCUGCAGUGAAGCACAUCAUGCGUAUGCACCAGUUCUCCGUGGGCCUACUCACAGAACUCGCACCCCAUGAACAUCCCAAUCUUUUGGGACUCAACACCAAUCGCGGGGAAAGUAUCAAGUUACGUAUACGUACCGAUAAGUACGAUGGGUUUAGACCGUACUUGGAGGUGCGGCGGGUUCUCUGUCACGAGCUCGCCCAUAACGUGUGGGGCGACCAUGAUAACAACUUCAAGGAACUCAACUCUCGCCUCAAUCGUGAGGUAGCCGAGUACGAGCGCUCGGUGGCGACCGGAACGCACGUUCUUUCGGAUGGUUCUCGAUAUGCAUACGAGCCCUCCUCCAAUGAGGAGGCGGAAGCUGUUGCCCAUGUCCUGGGGGGAGUGUCAGGUACAGCCCUCUCUAAUGCACCAGAAGACCGACGGCGACGUAUGCUUGAUGCCGCGACGGCUCGCCUGCGCAAAGAAGAGGAAGAGCUAGAAAGAAGCUGCGGGACAGCUGGUCCUCAAGCGCACGGGGAAAAUGCGCCUACAAUGUAGAUAAUGUGGUACCGGUGUCUACGUAGACUCACAUAGCUUCACAUUAUACCCUCAUUUUCUCUGCUGCAGACGGUAAUACCUGAUAGUAGAAUUGGUUUGACGUUCAAUUGUAGGUUGUGAACACUUUAUUUUAGCUUAUCUCUUCAUAUGGGUUGAUCAUGAGAGAUUAUAUCGAAUCGUU